UUUUCAGGGUGUGGAAUGCGCCCAUUGAUGGACCCUCCUGUGGAGAUGCGUGUCAUCGGUGGUCAGGAAGCACUCCCCGGCAACUGGCCCUGGCAAGUCAGUGUUCAAAUGCGGCACGAUUCCAGCUACCUGCACAUAUGUGGAGGGUCAAUAAUCGACACGCGGUGGGUGCUGACGGCUGCGCACUGCGUCUCUCAGGCAAGCAGGAGUCCCAAGGACUGGGUAGUGGUGGUCGGAUUACAUCAGAGGUCGAUUCGAAACGGCAUGACCAAAGUUAUGAAAUUGAAGAGGAUUUUUCUUCAUUACGAUUUCGACCACAACACGUUACAAAAUGACAUGAGCCUUCUAGAGCUGUCAAAGAAAAUUGAGUACAAUGACUAUGUACAGCCAGUGUGCCUACCAUUUAAUAAAACCAUAAUAGACAGCAUGCAUUUAUGUUACAUCACUGGGUGGGGUGUGACUAAAGAAAAUGGAAAAGAAACAGACAUCUUGCAGGAAGCUGUAGUGAAGUUGAUUCCGAAUUCGGUCUGCAACCAGGCGAAAUGGUACAACGGGUUAAUCAAGCCAAACAUGCAGUGCGCUGGUUAUGAGGAAGGUGGAGUCGAUACCUGUCAGGUAAAACUACGAGACCAGAAACUGUUGGAACUUUCAAGACAUGAUAUGCAGACGUACAGACCCACAGGAAACACUGUGGUGGUUUGCAAUGAUCCUGGUGUGAACAGUUGUCUGCUGGUGGUAUCUCUCUAG